AUGAAAGGUGCUUGGAUUGAGCCUAUUGAGAAGGGAAAACGCUACACCUUCAGGGGCAUGUCAGGGACCGUGUCUGAUCCCAAGGCAGAUGAAAAUCUAGCUCUCACGUGGAAGUUGGAAACGAAUCCCGGUGCCAAUUGGCUUGUUACAUACGUCGACGCAGAAACCAAUUACAAAGUAUAUGCUGUUGUGGACUAUGUGUCGUAUGCCACUUAUAAAGUCUACGAUUGGGCCGCCCAUGGUAACAACGCGAUUGCACAGUUUAACCCAUCUGGUGGCGAUGGAUACCUUGAUAACUUUCGCCCCGAUAGCCCAGAUCUCCAGUUUGAAUACACGUACUCUCCAUCUUCGUCAUCCCCAACUUCGUAUAUCAAUGCAUCAAUUACGCAGGCUUUCUAUACUCUGAACAUCUACCAUGACCUACUUUAUGUCCUCGGAUUUAACAGAAAGGCCGGAAACUUUCAAUGGAACAAUAACGGGAAGGGUGGCGUCGGAGGCGAUUAUGUGAUUAUUGAUACCCAAGACAGUUACGACUUUGAUCUCGGCACCUUCAUAUCCCCUGCUGAUGGACAACCUGGUCGCUUAUUUCUGGGUCUUUGGCAUAAUUCUGUCCCAGAUCGCGACGGGUCCUUUGAUGCUGGGCUUGUCAUCCAUGGGUACACCCAUGGCUUAUCCCAUCGACUUACUGGCGGCCCUGCCACACCUGGAUGUCUUAAUGGCCUUGAAUCUGGUGGCAUGGGUGAAGGAUGGAGUAACUUUAUGGCUAUUUCAGUUCGACUGAAGCCCCAUGAUACACGUGCAAUGGAAUAUGCUUUCGCGGAAUGGGCGGGGAACAAUAAGAAGGGUAUCAGAGAAUAUCUGUACUCGAAACCUAUGGAUACUAACCCUCUGAUUGGAAACGUCUGGGGGCAGUAUGCUAAUGGGAUUCCUACCGAUGGCAAAUAUCUUACUAUGAAGCUUGUCAUUGAUGGGAUGGCAUUGCUACCAUGCACCCCCAACUUUCUACAAGCCCGUGUCGCUAUUAUCGAUGCCGAUGUGGCGCCGACCAACGGCUCAUAUCUGUGA